AUGCACGUAAACGAUGUGGAUGACGAUGGUUACUCGAACACGAUGUUCAAAGCCAUUGUUGACUACAAGAAAGAUCCGAAGGUGGCUGUCUCAGAGGAGAAGUCUUAUGUCAUGAGCAAGAAUGGACAGAGACGAACUCGAAAGACCACCAAAGGAUGGAAACUGAUGGUCCUAUGGAACGAUGGGACACAGUCUUGGAUUGACUUGAGCGUUUUGAAGGAAUCCAAUCCUGUUGAUGUUGCUGAAUUUGCAAAAGCGCAUCAUAUUGAUGAGGAACCUGCAUUCCGCUGGUGGGUACCUUAUACACUCAGAAAGCGAGACAUGAUCAUCUCUGCUGUUAAGGCCCGUGUCAGAAAGACUACGCACAAGUACGGUAUUGAAAUACCAACAAGUGUAGAACACGCAAAGAGGCUUGACGCCCAAAAUGGUAACAACUUGUGGAUGAAAGCGUUAUCUAAGGAAAUGUCCAACAUUGGUGUUGCAGUUGAAGUGCUGGCCUAUGGCGUGCUAGCACCUCCUGGAUAUUCAAAGGUCACUGGUCAUCUAGUAUGGGAUGUGAAGAUGGAUUUCACUCGCAAAGCCCGAUGGGUACUUGAUGGUCACAAAACACCUGAUCCCCUGGUGGGUCCGGCUCCAGAGUCCAAUGCAUCGCAGAAAUAA